AUGGCAGACAGAAACAAUAAACCAAAUCCAUAUCAAAAGCCAACUGGAGACUAUUGUUAUCGAUGCAAGAAACAAUGGCAUACAUCUAAUAUAUGUCCAGAAUAUAGGGGAGCUAAUGAUGGGCGUCGACAGGUGAAUGUAGUUGAUGAGGUGGCUGAGCUUGAAGAAGUAGAAGACGAAGAUGAUGGAUCCUUGGCUGCUUUAGAAGAUGAUUCCGUUAGUUGUGAUGUUGUGGAUAUGGAUGCUUGCGGAGUACUGUUAGGACGACCAUGGCAGGUUGAUGUAGAUGCAUUGCACAAGGGAAGAGAGAAUUCAUACUUGUUCACCCGGAAAAAUAAGAAAAUCAUUAUCCUACCUUCUGGAUCUUCUGCCAAAGCUUCUAAAGUGGAGGGGAAAUCCAUAAUAGUUGUUUCUUCCAAUGUGCAGGAAUUAACCGAUGUAAUUGAGAAUUCUGGAGGUGCGUUAGCUUUGCUGAUCAAACCGAAAAUAAAAUUUGAUGUAAGAUCACUAGUACCACCACUUGUAAAGGAGUUGUUAGAUGAGUUCCAUACUUUAGUUGAAGAACCAUCCUCCUUUCCACCUUUUCGGGACAUCCAACAUCAAAUUGAUUUCAUCCUUGGAUCAAAGAUACUGAACCUGCCACAUUAUAGGAUGAAUCCAAAGGAGAGCCAAAUUCUUCAAGAACAGGUAGAAGAAUUAUUGAAAAAGGGACAUAUUCAGGAGAGCAUUAGUCCUUGUGGAGUUCCUGCUUUAUUGGUACCAAAGAAGGACGGGACCUAG